AUGGCGGCCGCUCCGGGGAGCCCACGGACGGGCGACGAGUCGUCGGAGAGCGAGAAUGAAACCGAGCCGGCCAAAAUCUUCCACCGGAAAUUGUCAACCAAAAAGGACGUGAAGUCAGCGGCCGCCAUCAAGGAGGGCUACCUAAUGAAGCAGACCUGGUCGUUCCAGCGCUGGCGCCGAAGAUACUUUCGACUGAAGGGACAAAAGUUGUACUACGCCAAGGACAGCAAGAGUGAUCUUUUCGAUGAAAUCGACCUCUCGAAUCUUUGCUUUGCGGAGUGCAGUACGAAAAAUGCUAACCAUAGCUUCCAGCUAAUUACACCCACCCGCUCGCUAGUGCUGUGUGCCGAAUCACGCCGAGAAAUGGAGGACUGGCUGCAAGCGUUGAAGGCCGCCUCGGCGCGCGAAUUCUUCGAACCGGGACCGCCGGAUCAGCACGACUUCCUCUCCGGACAUCAUCACUGGUACGCCACAUCCCACGCACGACCGACCUACUGCAACGUGUGCCGCGAGGCACUGUCCGGCGUGACGUCCCACGGACUGUCCUGCGAGGUGUGCAAGUGCAAGGUUCACAAGCGCUGCGCGGCUAAGGCCAUCUCCAACUGCAAGUGGACGACGCUGGCCAGCGUCGGCAAGGACAUCAUCGAGGACUGCGAUGGGAAUCUCGUGAUGCCCCAUCAGUGGAUGGAGGGCAACCUGCCCGUAUCGUCCAAGUGCUUGGUGUGCGACAAAACGUGCGGCUCCGUGAUGCGGUUGCAGGACUGGCGAUGCAUCUGGUGCCGGUCGACCGUGCACACCGCCUGCCGGCCGCAAGCCCCCAACGCUUGCCCGCUCGGGCCGGCCCGGGUGUCGAUGGUGCCGCCGACCUCGCUGCAUUCGAUCGGGCUGGACGAGGCGUGGGACGUGUGCAAGCCGCACGGCAGCUUCUCGCCGCUGCUCGUGUUCGUCAACUCCAAGUCGGGCGACAACCAGGGCGUCAAGUUCCUGCGCCGCUUCAAGCAGCUGCUCAACCCGGCCCAGGUGUUCGACCUGAUCUCGAGCGGGCCCGGCCUCGGGCUGCGGCUGUUCCGGCAUUUCGAUCCCUUCCGCAUCCUGAUCUGCUCCGGCGAUGGCUCCGUCGGCUGGGUGCUGAGCGAGAUCGACCAUCUCAACAUGCAAAAACAAUGCCAAAUAGCAGUGCUUCCACUGGGAACCGGAAACGAUCUGGCGCGGGUCCUCGGCUGGGGCAGCUCGUGCGACGAUGACGCACAUCUUCCGCAGCUGCUGGAGCGCUACGAGAAGGCCAGCACGAAGAUGCUCGACAGGUGGAGCGUGAUGGUGUUCGAGCGCGAUAUUGGCAUCGCGACGACGCGUACCCCCAAGAUGUCGAUCUCGCACUAUCCGGAUCCCCUGCUGUCGCAGUUCGAGGACAGCGCCCUGUGGCAUCUGCAGUCAAUUGUCUACAACGAGGACACCCAGCUGAUGAUACAGUCGACGCGGAGUCUAUGCGAAACGGUCAAUGACUUUAUUGCUAGAGUAAGGGAGACGAGCUCGGACGAAGAGCAAUUAAGCAUAAAAUGUGAUAUUUUAAGACAAAAGUUAGGAAUGUUAUUAGAUACACUGAAGGACGAAGAAGCUGGUCUUCACGGCGACGACGAAUUAUUUAGAACACUGAAAGAAAUUGCUCAAAAAAGUGCCUCAGAAAGACCAAUAGAUACAAAAACAAUAGAGAAAAACGAAAAAGAUAAACUGAAUUCCAAAGAACGCAUUAGUAGAAUAGAUCGCAGUUCGGAAAAGGAAGCACUUUUAUGCCGGGCCAACAGCCUCAAGCGAGCAAUACACGAAGUCGUGGAGAUGAGCGAGAAGGUGACGCCGUUCGCACCACAGAAGCGCCUGUCCGUGCCCAUGAACACCCUACGAGCUAACGUUUCUUCGUCGGACAACUCGGCCAACACAUCGCCGGCCACGUUGCCACCCCCGGGUGGCACCAUAUCGCCGUCGGUGUCGACAUCGCGGCUGACCUGCAUCUCCCCGCUGCCGGACAUGCGCCGCGACUCGAUGGACGAGCACUUCUUCAGCACGCUGAACCUGCCCGUCCCGAAGCAGUUCGCGGACGGGGGCAGCCGGCGCAGCUCGGGCGUGCCGGAAUCGUACCGCAUCUCCAGCAUCGAGGAGCUGGAGGAGAACAGCGUCCACACCGAGCCGAAGGGCCACGAACCGGCCAUCCUGGAGCCGAUGGGCGCGGAGGGCGAAUCGGAGCAGAACACCGACAACCAGGCGAAGGACGCGGACGAUACGCUGAACCAGCGCUCGAACACGACCACCACGUCCGACUCGCAGUCGACGACAGCACCGUACGACUUUUCGUUCGAGUCCGACACCAAGACGGUCAAGUUCGAUCUCGACCCGAACAGCGCGUUCGAGCGGUUGGGCUUCAAGCCGUUCAAGAAAACCAUCGAGCAGCAUCACCAGCACCAGCUCCAACAGCAGCAGGGGACGACAGGUGGCCUGCAGGCACCCCAGCAGCGACCGGAGGGCACCGGCUAUCUGCAGUUCCAGCCGAUCGAGGUGUACGAGCGCAACUACUACCGGAACCAUCCGCAGCAGCGAGCCCUCGGGGUGGCGGCGGCGGCGCGGGCCACUGCCGAACCGACGACUUCGAAGCCGAGCGGCAGCUUCAACAUGCUCCAGGUGCCGACCAUCUGCAUUCCCAGCCUGGAGAAACCACCGGAAAACAUUUACUUCAGUGAGAACAUUACCAUCAUCGAUACGGACAUGCCGGAACGAUCGUCGUCCGAUGAGGUACCCGGCGAUGGCAGUGAUAUACUAUCAGCAAUAAGCAACGAAGAGUGUAGCGUUACCUCGGAAAUACUCGACAGACAAUCAGAGAACAACUCCCAGAUACACGUUGGUGAUAUUAUACAGGAUUUAGACAACGAUCGAUUCAGCCACAUCGAUUCGCCGGAAACGAGCGACACGACGGAGGCGCUGCACGGGGAAAGCCUGAUGGAUGACAUCAGCUCGGUGCUGGGGCAGGACUUGCUCGGCGCGCUGCAGGACAACACGAUCACCGAGGACACGACCACCCUGUGCACGCUCGAGCACACGAGACGGCGCAGCUUCAAGGGCAAGCAGCAGCAGCAACAGUCGCGGACCAACGACAACGUCGACCUGGAGCAGUGCGGAUUCGAGAACCGGGUGUUCGACAUCGACAACCGGUGCGACGAUCAGAAGGUGAAGGAGCCUCGCUUCUGCAGCUUGGCCAAGUUCGUCGAGGGGAACGAUAUAGCGCGCAAGAGUUUCAAGCGACCGGCCCGGGGCGCUCGCCGUAGCGUUGGUAGCGCCGCCAUCGGGUUCACCAACCGGCUCUCAGUGGGCGAAAAUGAGUACGAAAACAUCAAGUCACUGGCGCGCAACCUCCUGCCGGUACACGGCUCCCCGUCGGACGUGUCGGUGUCGGAGACGGAUACGGUGCGUUCGUCCGGCUUCGAGUACCGGAAGCUCGUGUCGGCCCCGAACGCGGAUGAUGAGGACGAGAGCCUGCCGGACGAUGAGUUGGGCGAGCGGUCGUCGAGUGAGAACGACGACGAGCGCCACGAAGACGACACGCACCGCGAGGAGGAGGAGGAAGACGAGGAGGAGGAGGACGAGGAGGAGGAGGAUGAGGAAGGGGAGCUGGCGGAGGGUGGCGCGGACGAGCUGGAUAAGGACGAUCGGAGCGAGAAGAGCUUCCAGCUGCCGGGCAUCCCGACGAUCAACGUCGUGGUGGAACCGCCAUCGCCGGCCCUCAGCGACGAGCUGCGUUCGCUGCGCGUUCCGGAGAUCCGGCGGCAUUCCGAGCAUACGCCCAACCUGCUGGCACCGCGCGAGAUCGAUAUCAACCGGCGGCACUCGAACAACAACCCCAACCUGCUCGGGUUCGACUCGGAGCACAUCCGCUUCCUGAACUGCUCGCCGGCAGCGUCGCGGCGCAUCAGCAGCGGCAGCCUGCUGUUCAAGCCGGAAGGGUUGGGCAGCUCGAAGAGUAACAUCUUCAGCUCCAGCCUGGGCCUGUUCGGCGUCGAUAAGGACGCGGAAGGCAAGGAGGACAGGCGGACCAAGGAGGAGAAGGAGGAGAAGGUGAAGAAGCUACCGAUCAUCAACCCGCUGGUGCGGCUGCCAUCGUGGCCAAACGUCAGCACCGGGACGGGCUUCAUCUCCAAGUGUUUGCUGGCCAACGCGGACACCCUGUGCGCCGCCGUCAGCCCGCUGAUGGACCCGGACGAGACGCUGCUGGAGGGAUACUUCGAGAAGGCGGUGAUGAACAACUACUUCGGCAUCGGCAUCGACGCGAAGAUCUCGCUCGACUUUCACAACAAGCGCGAGGAGCACCCGGAGAAGUGUCGAUCGCGGGCCAAGAACUACAUGUGGUACGGCGUGCUCGGCUCGAAGCAGUGGCUCCAGAAGACGUACAAGAACCUCGAGCAGAAGGUGCAGCUGGAGUGUGACGGUCAGCGGAUACCGCUACCGUCGCUCCAGGGCAUCGUGGUGCUGAACAUCCCGAGCUUCAUGGGUGGCACGAACUUCUGGGGCAGCAAGAAGGAGGACGACUGCUUCCUGGCGCAGAGCUUCGACGACCGCAUCCUGGAGGUGGUGGCGGUCUUCGGCUCGGUGCAGAUGGCGGCCUCGCGGCUCAUCAACCUGCAGCACCACCGGAUCGCCCAGUGCCAGAGCGUGCAGAUUAACAUUCUCGGUGAAGAGUGUGUACCGAUACAGGUAGACGGGGAAGCCUGGUUGCAACCGCCCGGCAUGAUACGGAUCAUCCACAAGAACCGGGUGCAGAUGUUGUGCCGCAACCGUAACCUGGAGGUAUCGCUGAAGAGCUGGCAGGAGAAACAACGUCAGCACAGCAUCAGUAUCGCGCGCGAGCAACCAUCGUCGGCAUCCGAGCACCAUCUAGCGCCGUCGGAGGACAUGUUCUCCGAGCGCGAAACCUAUCUGCUGCUAAACUUCAUCGAGUGCGUCAGCACGCUGGUGAAGUGGGUAAAGUUCCUGAUCAUCUCGCACCCGUCGCUGCAGCCAAACCUGUACGUGGUGGCGUCGAAGGCAGCCGACGCACUGGAGUCCAUCCAUCCCGGUGGGAAGAUCAUCGAAGGGCCCAACUUGCGCCGGCAGCUGACCGAAUUGGUUCGGUGCGCCCGCCAGCUGUACGAGGACACCUGCGAGCUGCUGAGAGAGCGCAGCCACAGUCUCAUCCUUCGGGAGGAUCUCGAGACGAAGCUGAGCGUCUCGCUGGCCAACAUGGAGAUGGAGCUGGGCAAAUGCUCACUCCAGCAGUGCGCCGAGUCGGGCGAGACGAAAGUCUACCUCAACGUGCUGGCCCCAAACGAGGAAGUCGAUCACCGCAAGAAGCAGAAACCGUUCUGGCUGAGGUUCCGUAGUGGCCACAGCUCGCACCACGGAGCCGCCGGAACUGGCGCCGUUGCCAAGACGGCGCCGACGUCCCGCGAGACGGUGAGCAAUUGGGGCGUGGGCGAGGUCGUUACCUGGCUCGAGGCGAUGCAGCUGUCCGAGUACGUCGAUAGCUUCAUCAAGAACGACAUUCGCGGCAAGGAGCUGCUGACGCUGGCGCGCCGCGAUCUGAAGGACCUCGGCGUCACCAAGGUUGGCCACGUGAAGCGCAUUCUGCAGGCCAUCAAGGACCUAGGGUCCGGAUAG